UCUCCUCCAAACACCCCCUCCCCUCCCCAGCUAAGGUGGUCUAUAACUGUGCUGUCAUCUCAGACCUGCAGAGAACUAAAGAGCAGCCGAUCACAGACAACACAGGACUAAACCUUUUUAACCCUACCUUAGAGAGCAGAGAGAUCAUCACUGCAGACGGACACAGCUUUGUCUCUUCGUAAUGAUCAUGGAAUCAGAAGCGGAUCCAGGUCCAGACUGUGGCUUGCUUUGCAACAAGUCCACUGCCCUGGGAGGCCAGGGGCCACCAGUGUUUGUGGAUGCCUGGCUGGUCCCCACCUUUUUUGGCCUCAUCAUGCUGGUUGGCCUGGUGGGGAACUCGCUGGUCAUCCAUGUGGUCACCAAACAUCAGCAGAUGAAGACCAUCACCAACUUUUACAUAGGAUUGUCCUUCUUCUGUCUUGUAGUGAAUUUAGCUACGACUGAUAUAUUGUUCCUGGUCUGCUGUGUGCCCUUCACUGCCACCCUGUACCCGCUGCCCAGCUGGAUCUUUGGAGAGUUUAUGUGCCGACUGGUGAACUACCUUCAGCAAGUGACAGCUCAGGCGACGUGCAUCACUCUGUCUGCCAUGAGUGUGGAUCGCUGCUACGUGACUCUCUACCCUCUGCAGUCUCUGCGACACAGAACACCACGCAUGGCUCUAGCCAUCUCUGUGUCUAUCUGGAUAGGCUCCCUCCUUCUGUCCAUCCCUGUAGCUGUGUACCAGCGUCUAAAGGACGGGUACUGGUUUGGCCCUCAGACUUAUUGCAGUGAGGUCUUCCCUUCCGCCCAUCUCCAGAGAGCCUUCAUCAUCUACAGCUUCCUGUCUGUCUACCUGCUGCCCCUGCUCACCAUCACUGCCUGCUAUGCCUUCAUGCUAAAACGCAUGGGGCAGUCAAGCGUCAAUCCUGUUGACAGCGGCUACCAGCUGCAGGCUCAGGCGGUGCGAGCAGCAGCUGUGCGGGCGAGGGUCUCCAGGAUGGUGGUGGUGAUGGUGGUUCUGUUCCUCAUCUGCUGGGGGCCGAUUCAGAUCUGUAUCCUCCUGCAAGCUUUUGGCUUCCGCAGCUACAUUUUAUACAAGUUGAAGAUUUGGGGUCACUGUAUGUCUUACUCCAACUCCUCCAUCAACCCAUUAGUUUACGCCUUCAUGGGAAACAACUUCAGAAAGGCUUUCAAGCACGCCUUCCCCACCGUGUUUCUGGGGCGUACCAGAGGACGAGUUAGGGUGGGAAACAUGGACACAGAGAUCGAUCAUCGGAAACCCAAAGGAGAUGCAGAGAUGCACUUUCUUUCAUCUGGGUCCUAAAGGUUACACUCUGCACUCCAUCUCUCUGCACAUUGUUAAUUUAUUUAUAGUCAGGAGAUGAGACGGUCUGGUCAGUGUGUGUGUAUCAUAUACUGACACAAAGACACACAGACCAACAUGGCACAUUGUGAACCCAAUAUGGAAAGCUGUUAGAACACCAGUAAGUGACAGGCUCACACACACUGAGAAUCACUGCAGAUCAUGUGAUCUCUUCAGAAGGACAAACCAGUCAGGUGCCUCUUGUGACCUCCACGAGCUGCUUCAAUACAGUUAUUUUUGUCACACUCUUCUCGUAUAGCUGCACGAAUGAAUCAGUUCAUUAGAUUUAAAAUGGUUUGGCUUCAUGAUGGUUUCUUGUUAAACAAAAUAAGUAACUGCAUUCUUUAUAAUCAGCAGCCAUGUUGAAGUAUUUAAAAGGGUUUCAAUGGAUCUACUGUCCUUCACUGGAGACGUCUUUUUUCAUGAACUAACACCCAACAAUUCAGAGAGAUAUUUUAGUUUCAAUAUACACUCGAAUUCUUCCACUGAACCAUGUUAUUAGUAUAUUUAUUCAUCGAAAUUUAAUUGGUAUUGAUUAGACUUCUUCAAAAGUUGCUUUUGUGAAAAUAUUCCAUGUUUUAUGGUUUAAAACCGUGAUGAUGUAUUUUGAAAAUAACCAUCAUUAAACAGCCACUUUUUACUCUCUGGGUAAUUAUGAAAGCUUUUUUUCACUUUUUCUCUGAAAAUUUUGCAGCCUUAAACAAAAUAUUCAAGAAUUAC